AUGCCCACCCCCACGGCUACAGAUCAGUCUCUUCCAACAAGAAACGACUCAUCAUCAGCAGAAACAUCUGCAGGUCAUGAGAGAAACGAGAAGAAUGAGCCAUGGACGCCCCCUGACGAGGCUCCUGACGGGGGUGUGGCAGCGUGGCUUAUGGUCCUGGGCGCGUGGUGUGUGCUGUUUUGCAGCUUUGGGUGGAUCAACAGUAUCGGGGAAUUUCAGGCCUACUACGAACAUGAUCUCCUCCGCGAGUAUUCCAGCAGUAAGAUCUCGUGGAUUCCGUCGCUGCAGAUAUUCUUCAUGUUUGCCAUGAUUUGUAUCCCCAGCUGGUUCAACAAGAAGCGUGGUGCAGUAUACGGCAUUGUGUCCUCCGGCUCAAGUAUAGGGGGAGUCGUCUACCCUAUUAUGAUCAGUAAGAUCAUUAGAAUCCUUGGAUUCCCAUGGACCAUGAGAAUUUGCGCGUUCAUGAUCCUUUUUCUUCUAAUUAUAGCCAACCUGACCGUCAGGUCCCGUCUCCCGCCGAGUCCUCAGAAACUAUCCAAGGAGUCCCUGAUGCAACCCUUCAAGGAGUUAAAAAUGAUGUUACUGGUAGCCGGCUUCUUCCUUCUCACGUUCGGGAUAUUUGUGCCGAUGAACUAUCUCGUCACUGAAGCAAUAGCAAAGGGCAUGAGCCGUGAUUUGGCCGAGUACUUGGUUGCGAUUCUGAACGCAGGAAGUCUCUUCGGUCGUCUCGGCGCCGGAAUCUUCGCCGACACAAUCGGCCCCUAUAACAUCUUCGUGGUUGUCACCUACAUCGCCAGCAUUCUCGUUCUAGCGCUAUGGAUCCCGGUCUCGAACAAACCCGGAACCAUCGUCUUUGCCGUGCUCUUUGGGUUCGCCACGGGCGCGUACGUUGCACUUGCCCCCGGCCUUGUUGUAAAACUUUCCCCAUACCCGGAGAUCGGAUAUAGGACUGGACUUCUUUUCCUGUUCGCGUCUAUCAGUGGCCUGACGGCCAAUCCUAUCGCAGGCACUAUUUUCCAACACUCGGGUGGAUCGUAUACAGGCAUGAAGAUCUUCUCUGGCGUGUUGCUGAUUGCAGGGUCGACCCUGACCCUGGGUGUUCGUCUCCGUCAGACGGGCUUGAAGUUGAAAGCUGUUUUCUGA